AGCAGUAAUUACUUAAGAGAAGAUUGGAAAAAACAUAAGCAAAAGAUAAGCGUGUAGUUGUGUGGUAAUACAUCGUUUUACGAUUUAUAUUUAAUAUAUUUUUGUUAUUUGUUAACUGAUAAUUGAAGCAAAAAUACCAUGGAUGAUGAAGCGGAAACUUACAAACUUUGGAGAAUCAGGAAAACCGUAAUGCAGCUUUGCCAUGAUAGAGGAUAUUUGGUAACACAAGACGAAUUGGAUCAAACCCUUGAACAGUUUAAAGAGCAAUUUGGAGAUAAACCAAGUGAAAAACGUCCAUCCAGAAGUGAUUUAAUUGUCCUUGUUGCUCACAAUGAUGAUCCAACAGAUCAGAUGUUUGUUUUCUUCCCAGACGAUCCAAAGAUUGGUAUCAAAACCAUUAAGACUUAUUGCCAAAGAAUGCAGGAUGAGAACAUUCACAGAGCAAUAAUUGUUGUGCAGACUGGUAUGACUCCAUCUGCUAAACAGUCUUUAGUUGAUAUGGCGCCUAAGUAUAUUUUGGAACAAUUCUUAGAAUCUGAAUUGCUAAUUAACAUAACUGAACACGAGUUGGUACCUGAACAUGUUGUGAUGACACCAGAGGAAAAGCAGGAACUGCUUGCCAGAUACAAAUUGAAGGAGAACAUGUUGAUGAGGAUACAGGCAGGAGAUCCAGUUGCUAGAUAUUUCGGUUUGAAGAGAGGACAGGUGGUUAAAAUUAUCCGACCGUCAGAAACAGCCGGCCGUUACAUUUCCUACCGACUCGUGUGUUGAACAUAAUUCCCAGUCUGCUGCGGAUAAUCCGAUUUUAAUUCGCCGAGAGGUGUUUAACGAACCACCUACUACGAUCACUUUGGAUGUCCUUUGAGAAUAUUGUGUAAUCUUAAUAUUAAUU